CCGCCGUGUUUUGUUCGCCGUGUGAGCCGCAGCGAUGCGGCGACUUUUGCUCAAUCUGCACAGCCGUAAUUAUUAAAAAGAGUCCGAGCCGUUCCCUCGCGCUCCCGAAAACCUAACUAGGCUGCGAUGUACACAAAGCGCGCGCCUUCUGUUCAGUACGGCUCCCUGGAAUGUACAGCAUGGGGCGCGAGCGGUGAGAAAACAGAGGAGAGUGUGGUGUCCAUGGCGGACUCCACCGUGACCGUGGAUGACAUCGAGGGCGAGUUGCUGAGGAUUGAGCGGAUCCGAGACAUCCUGGUACGGAGGGAGUCAGAGCUCAGAUACAUGAUGGAUGACAUCCAGCUGUGUAAAGAGAUCACAAGGCUCAAAAAGGAGCUUCAGACACUGAUCUCUGUUCCAGAUAAAGACAAAGCAAGCGAGGACAGACAGAGGGAGGAGGAGCUCCUGCAGGACAUCCAGAAGCUGGUGGAGGCCCGAGACUACCUGGUGGAUGACGUGGAGUUUGAGAGGCUCAGAGAGAGAGAAGAGGACAAGGAGAUGGCUGGUUUCCUUAAGUCCAGAAGUACUCUGAUUCAAAACGCUGCUCCGGGUAGACAUCUGGGUGCCAGUGGUCAGAGGCAGUGGCCAAACUCCUCCCCCUUGGUGAGGAAGACGGGCCUGGCACUGCUGAAGGAGUGCUGUGGCUUCACCUGCGCCAUUAUGUAGAACUAUGGAGGAUCGCAGUGCUCCAAAGGGACUGCUGAGCCAUCAUCACCCACCCAGAGCAUGCUGGGAACUGUUACAACUGUCUGAGAGAAAGCAUUUGGAGUUUUGUGGUAGAGAAUUGUGCUGCUGGUGUAUGAUCACUCUCCCAGUGCUUUUGGCUCUUGUUUGAUUAUAUAUGAUGCCGUACAUGGCACUUUCCCCCAUUUCUGCUCCUUAAUCCUGUUUCUUUUCCACGCUCUGUUUCUCCCUGAGAAUAGAGAAUCGGCUUCCCCUGGGUCCCACUGCUCACCAUCUAGCUGGUUCGCUGUCAUCUACCAUCCUUUUUACCCAUGAGGCAUUGCGGCAUUGUGUCUUUACGAAAGAUCCCACCAUCCAUCAUUGUUACCAAGUCCCAGGUCACUGUCCCACCCUCUGCCUCUCUCUCUUUCACACUUUCUCUUCCCCCAUCUCUCUGUUUCUCUUAUUCUCCUGUUCCAGAUUUCUGCUACAUGUCCCUGAGGUUUGAACCGCAGGGCAGCAUGGAGACCCCCCUACUCUCCACUCCUCUGUUUGUUUCUGCUCUGUAUUGUGUCCAGUCCCCCAGAGUGUCCUGCCAGCUCUGCUGAGCUGGGUAUUCUUCCAGUCUGACUCUCUCUGUGCACCAUGAACGCAGUGCUGUGGGCAAAGGUCCCUCUAUAAUAUAAGGGAUUCUUCGCCGUGGAGACCAGUCUCCAUAGCAACUGAAAUAUAGACAUUCCACGACAUGAAUUCUGUGUGAUGGACCCUCUUCAGAUACAUGCAGUUCAUCCAAAACUCAUUACUGUGCAGCAGAGUGAGAAUGUUGUAGUGUUGCGGCUACUAUUGUGUCUUUUGGUUUUAGGUGUCUUGCUGUUGUUUGUUCUUGUUUUGUGCGUAUCUUGUUGUGUCCUCUAACAGCAAGGACUACACCAAAGACUGCCCCUAAUAUUACCAUUGUAGUUAAAAUGGACCCUUACCUGGAUGUGUUUCCUUAAGAACUUCUCUGGGUUUGACCUGGCUGAGUUUGGCUCUGUAGGUGUUCCAGCCCAGGUGUGAGGUACUGUGGAGUGGUCUUUUCUUUUUGCUAAGAGGGUAUCUUCAUGCCACCCCCCCCCCCCCCAGCUUGAGUUGGCAUGUUGCUUCAUAUAACUGUCGUAUUUUUAGGUUUCGCUGUAUAAUUUUACUAUUCAAAUGUAAGCUUUUAAAUCCCAAAAGUUCUUACUUCUACUUGAUGCUACUUGAUGGGAAUCAUUGUGUGUUGUUCUGUUAGUGUGUUGUUCAUGUGGGCCAUUUUCUGCGCGAUAGUUUCACAGAGCUAAAGAGAUGCAGUUUACAUGCGCACGAGGCCCAGGGGAAGCCACCCUGAUAGGCCUGGAGGUCAGACCAGGUAAGACUUAGUGCCACACUUCCUCCUCAUUCACCUCGAGUCUGACCUUCAGAAACGUCAUGGAGAGGGGGUAAUUUAUUUUUGUUAUGCCUCAUUGUAUCACAUGACUAUUCAAAGGCGAGCUGUUAAAACCCAGUAUUUUUUUUAGAUUUGUUGUUGGUGGGGGUUGUUGUCUGUCGGUGUCGCUCGUGUGGGUAUGUGGUGUGCAGCACACCUGCUGUGGCUUUAUUGAGCGCUGAGCUCAAAUAAAGCAUCCUGAUGCAGAUGUUUUCAUAUGCUCUGUACAAAAGCUCUGAUCUGCAUUACUUUUGACCCCAGCACUGGUACAGAAGCCACCCAGUGGAGGUGGGUUAUGCCUGGAGCACGUGAGAUAAUAUAUUGAAUGAACGUUUUGAUGAAAACGCUGAAAACACGUGCAUGCAUGCAUUCCUCCAUCUGCGCGUUUGCAGGAAACAUUUACAGUAAAUUCAUGCGCUAGCGGACCUGGCCCACUAAUGCAUUGCAGCCUGGCCACAAUAACCAUGAGUGACACACUCAUAUUGUCAUGCACGCAGCUCUAGCUACUGUUACCAAAAAAAAAAAAAAGAACUAUGCGCAGUGAGCUUUCUGCCACGCUAAACUGCAGACUUCUGCCCCUGCUGCGAGGCUGCACUCUCUGCAGGUCUAAAUUAGUCAGGCUGUUGAGCUGCUCCUUUUUAAAAAAAAUCCUCCUCGCCUCAGAUCUUUGCACGGUGAAGCCCAUAACGUCUGCGGCCACAACACCGAGUGAAUUCUACGCGAACCAAGCACACGCGCAGCAGCGGACGGUCCGGCUGCUCUUCUCGUGCGCGCUACACAUUAGAAUGCAUAUCCCAUUGCACAUCCCAGACUACGGAAAAGACCCAGUCAGCACAGGACAGUGGAUAGAAGUGCAGGUUGUUAUUUCCAUAAAACACAUCGAAUAUAAACAGACAUUUUGAAUAUAAUGUAUAAUAUAUAGUCUGACUGUCUUACGGAUGCUGUGGUGUGUACGCUGUGUAUGUUCUUUUUAUUCUUAUUGACACUUUAUUUUUAUUAAUCUGUCAUAAAUCUUUCCCACCUGUA